AUGGCGGGCGACGAGUACUCCGUCGGCGGUGGCAAGCUCAAGUUGAAGGGGAGCAAGGUUAGCGGAGGGCGGGUGGAGAAGAAAAAGAAGAAGAGCUCGAAGAAGAAGGAGGACUCGGCUUCUGCUUCUGGUCCUGGAACUCCUGCAGAGACGCAGAUACAGAGAUCGGCAGUUGAAGGGGAUUCUCGUCGGGAUUCAACGCCGAUUGAGUCUAGAGUGGGGAAGCGUGAUCAUGCCCAUGAUAAUGACCAUGACGAUGGAGGUGAUCAGGUCGCAGAGCGGGAGAGGGAGUUUGGCAGUGGGAAGACGGAGACAGAGAGGAAGUAUGAGGAGAUUCGGCGCAAACGGUUACAUGAACGACUUCAACGGGAAGGUGUCAAGACUCACAAAGAAAAGGUUGAGGAACUGAAUAAGUAUCUCAGUCGCUUGAGUGAACAUCAUGAUAUGCCGAAGAUUGGACCGGGUUAG